AUGCGCGGCCGAUUUGACGUCGGAUUCCGUGCGCUCAAAGUCGCCUGCCUGCGUCUGCACCGAAAUCAGCCGGUCCGCAUGGCGCCACGCCUCGUCCGGUGGCUUUCAGCCUGUGCAUCGGCGCUCGCCUUUGGCUCCCAACCCACUCUGGCUCCCGCUCCUUCGCAUUCGAUUGCGCAUCCGCAGCAAAGCAUCCUCCCACACCCACACCCACCUUCUUUGCGCCCCUCUUUUUCUCACCCACCAUCCAACGUUGCCGUCCGCACGCCUCUCCCUUCGUGCGCCAUCUUUACUUCACCUUUGCUCACGCCACCACCCUAUUGCAACCAUACCACCACCUCGGUCUGCAAUACCGCCAAGCCUGCCCACGCACCGCUUAGCACUCUGGCAUCCCCUCCUUACGGCUUCGAAAGUCGUUCCAAGCCGCUCCUGUGA